CUUUUGACUUCCGCUAUCUCAGCAAACAGGCAGGCAUGUUUUUUCCCCUAAAAAGUUUUUGCAUUUUACGUUUCUUUACUCGAAUUUAAUCAAUCCAUAUUGUUGAAAAUAUAUUUUAUUUAUUUUCAUAGACCGCCGGAAGAUAAAUAAUCAUGCAAAACGACGCUGGGGAAUUCGUUGAUCUUUUGAUCCCUCGCAAAUGGUAAGUGAUGAACAUUUUACCUAUUUUCGAGGAUCCGUCAAAUAACUGAAUGUUAAAAAGAACUUAGACCCUAAAGUUAUAUAAUUACUCUAAUUAAUUAAAUAUUUUUUACUUUUGGCUCAUAGAUUAUAUUAUUAAACAAGUUUUUGUGUGGCUUAAAACGUUAAUCCCCAGUGAUUGAUUUUGAUUAGCCUAUAAUUUAUAAUUAGGUACUUAGGCAAAAUUUUCAAAAUGAAAUUUUAACCUUAAAAGUAAAGGCUAGUUGGUUAGAUAUGAUAGGCCUGCAAAAUGCACUUUUUUUUAGAUCAAAUUUAUGGUUGGUAUGUUAAUUCUUAAAAAAGUUUUAUGAUUUUUCCUUGAAUUUUAUUGGGUUGACCAUAUAAAUUUCAAUUAAUAUAGAUAAUUAUUAGCAAUAAAUAUUAAAAUAUUAACAAGUAACAAAGUUUCUACAUGUCUGGUGACUAGAGAUAUUCCUCCGGUCAUUUAAUUUACAACCAAGUAACAUCUCCGCUGUAACAAAUUUGUGCGAGAUAUUAGUCAGUCAACCUUGUCUCUUGACCACUAAUAGUCUAUUUACUCCAACAAAUUCAAGAUAGUCUGAACAUUUACAUGAAAAAGAAAUAUGUUAAGCCCAUAUAAUGAACAAAUGGUUAAAAAGUGACAUCACAAUGUUAAGUAAAGUGUGACAUGACCGCCGGAUGAAUAUCUCCCGCACUAUUUGUCUAGUCGUUAGAUGUUUAGACUUGGACACUGCUUAUUAUUAAUAUAUAGGACAAUAUGAUAUGGAAGAAAGGGUCUAAAAUAAAAAACUGGGCAGAGGGUUGAGAUAUGUGUUAAAGAAGAGCAAUAAAUGAAUCCACAAAAGCCACAUGUUGUUUUUCUUUUUCCCGAAUUUGCAGAGUUGGUUGUCACAUACAAAUUUUCUAUACUAUUUGAAAGAAAAAUAUCACUGAAAAAACCCACCAAAAAACAAGAGCUACCAGUGCUUCAAGCUUAACCCUUAAAUUACAGUAGGCACUCCAACUCAAAUUUUCAAAUACAUCUGACAUACAUAAAGAUUAUAUCAUUGGAAAGGGCUGGCUCUAAGCUUUCCAGUGACACCAAGAUAAUCUUUCUAUCACUUAUAGGAGAAAAGUUAUUAAUUUUUUAGUGAUUUAUUUUUCCCCAUUAUUUGGCUUUGUAUUUAAUUUUUAAGACUGUGAUCGCAUUAUUAAUCUUUUUGUACUAUUUUGCUUGUAUCUUUUUUGCUAUUAAAGUUAGAGCUCUCAAAUUUGGAGGAAACAUUAACAAUACUAUGUUUAACAAAACAAAACACAUGAUUUGUGAAUUAACUUAUUAUAUUUGAUAAAAUAUGAUUUUAUUAGCACAUGGUGUGGAUAAUGACAAUUGUCGAAAAAUUUAAUUUUACAAAAAAUGACAUAAUUACUAAACCAAUAAAGCUAUUGCUAUAAAAUUUUCAAUACAAACAGAUAAUGUCCAUAUAAAAAUAAGGCACAUUUAAAAUAAAUAAAAUACAGAUCAGAAAAAUUUGUGUAAUUUUAGAAAAAAUAAUUCAUGAAAAGCAACCGCGGCCGAGAAAUUUUUACAUUUAAAUACAUAACUUUUAAACUAAUGAAGCUACUGCAAUCACACUUUCAGUAAAAAUAGUUUGUGACAAUCCAAAUGAAUGUCAGACAUGUGCGAUGAAGCGCACCGCGUUAUGUUGGAUUCGCUCCAUCUUGUCCACAUCUUGCUUUAGGUGUGGGUCCCAGAUGAUUGCACCAUAUUCUAGUAGUGGAUGGAUGAGUGCAAGAUAGGCAUUUCGAUUGCAGGAAGUUGGGCAGUGGCGCAGAUUUAUUCGAAUGAAACCUAGUGUGGAGUUGGCUUUUUAAAAAUUUUUUGUUAAUAUGGGGGUGACCAUUAUAGGUUACCGGGUAUUUGAAUUGAAAGAGAAUUCCAAAGUAUGGAUUAUUUGAUACUUGUUUGAGUUGAUGUUUUUUUUCUUGAUAUGCUCAUUGUGUAGCAUUUGGUUUCAUUAAAUUUCAUGCCCCAUUUGUCCGCCCAAUUCAUAAGGCACGGUCCACACACAGCAACAGAUUGUAUCCGUGUGCCCUGUCCACCUGAAAGUAUACAAAAUAUUAAUUGAAUUUUACAAUGAGUGAAUUGAAAAUUUAAAUAAAUUUAAUCAAAACACAAUUAAACAAAAGGAAAUAUAUAGAAUAUAGGUCUAUCAAUACACCCUUAUAUCUAAUAGUAUUAGUCUAAUACUAAUAAUAAUAGCUAAUAAAUAAAUUGUUUAUAAGAUGAGGAUUUCUUGUUUGCAAAUUGAAUAAUUUCUUAUUGUAUAAAGAAUAAUUGUACAAACAAUUAAUUUAAAACAAAUUAUUAUUUUUUUGUUUACAUUUAUAUUGUUUAGUAAUAUUAUGAUCAGAAACUGUUGUAUAAUCAAUGUUUCAUAGAUUUAGAAAUGUUUUAUUUAAAGCGUUUAUUUCCAAAUAAUUUCACCUCCCUCUGGUCAAUAAAAUUAUGUAAAAAAAAGAUGGCCGCCGUUUUUUCAUAACAUGCAAAUUUUUUUCCCAUGAUCGAUAUCAUAAAUUCCAGACAUAGCCAGUAAUGUUAAAAAUAAAUGCUUUCAAAGUCAAAGGGAUCAAGCUUGCUCUACAUAAAGUUUUUACAUAUCUAUAUGCUAUACAAAAACAAAGAACAUAAGAUUAAACUUACCCACAGUUUGCGCUCUGACUGUUGGCCUGAGCCAGGUCAGAAUAACAAAGAAUUUAUACCAUCGUGACCGGAAUUCUUCAGCGAAUAGAGUUUAAGGCUGAAACUUACUUAUUUUUAGAAAAUUACGCAUUGGAACGACAAAGCCCGACAUAUACCGAAACCCGCCCUUCGCGGCUGGUCACAAAAAUGUACCACACGAACCCCGCGGUUUUUUUUGCCCGCGUCGUCCGGUAUUGGAGUGCCUAAUUACAGGAAUGCAAAAUGUGCAAUAACAAUGACAUUGCAAAUAAUUUGUUGUACUGUGGAACAGUGUUUGUUGUAGGAAAAAAAAUUGCUGGGGAAAAUCUGUGGUUCAAUUAAAUAAUCAAGGCCUGAGGAGACUUUGAAAUUACAAUUGCUAGCAUACAUUACUUGAUGAUGGUAAAUUGAGAAACUUUGACCUAGCCUUGUUUUAAAUGUUUUUCAGUUCAGCAAGUAAUCGUAUCAUUGGUGCCAAAGACCAUGCUUCCAUACAGAUCAACAUUGCAGAGGUAAAUUCAGAUGAAAUGAGUUAAUAAAUUAAAAUUUAAUUUAAAAAGAUGAAUUUUGAAACUUUUUUAAGCAGGCAUAUUAUUUUAUGUUUUCUAAUGGACUAUUUAUUGCCUAUUGCUGUAAUCUCACCUCUCCGCUGUUAAAUUUUUAUUAAUAUUGCAGUAGGAAAAUAGUUGUUACUUAAUACUAGACAUGCUCAUUCCAGAAUGUGGAUCAAACAUCAAAAACACUUUAAUAUAGCCAGAGUAUUUAGCCCACUGACUACCUAUCUCCUAAGAAAAUGGUGUUAAGCACCUCUAGUUUGGAAAUAUUUAACAUUAUUUUGUUUAAAACAUAUUUCCAUUGCAUACCUUAAGAAAUCAUUUGAAGACUCACUUUUUUCAUGCAUAAUCGUUAAUUUUCAUCUCAUGAAUUUCACUGCAUUAAAAUCCACUUCAUUCCAAGUUUACAUUGUCACACCUAGUGAAACAAUCUAAUUUUUUUCUUCUCCCCAACCCGUUACCCUAUGCACAUUGUUUUUGUUGGUAUGAAUAGUAUUAUAUUGAAUUUGGAACAGGUUGAUGAGACAACUGGCAGAAUGACUGGUGGUUACAAAACAUAUGCCAUCUGUGGUGCCAUCAGACGUAUGGUAAGCUUACAUUUUCUCCAUGCAUUCAUUUAAAUUAGAGAUGUGACUUUUCUAUUUUCCAUGAUUACAGUAAAAUUCAGUAGGUUUUAGUUAUUGCUCUGUUAUUUGCAAUGAAUGCUUAGUCCAAUGUGUAGCUUUUUGUUUGAUAGUCUCAUUUCUAAGAGUUUCGUGUUCUAAGCUUAAUAAUGAGCAGAUUAUUCCAUAAAGAAUUGUCACUAGAAUAAUAGCCGAUUAUGAUUAGUAAUAAAGUUUUAGGUGCCCUGCAGAGGCAUAAUAUAUCACAAAAUUUAAAUUGAGUGUAUGGACAAGGGAGAGUGCUGGGUGAAUUUGUAAAAAAUGGAUUACAUUAUUUAAACUGUUUGACUAAAUACUUGACCUGAUUAAAUUUUUUGUUUUUGCCUAGUCCAAUUUUUUUCAUUUUUUUACUUUUCAAGUUAUAACUCUGUGUAAAUAGACAAGUAGAACAUCAUUAUGCUCUGUCUAUACCAUUUCUGUAAUCAUUUUACAUUUCUUAAAUUUUAGGGUGAAUCAGAUGAUUCACUGAUCAGACUAGCCAAGCGUGAUGGAAUAAUUGCAAAGUAAGACAAAUCACAUUUACUAAUUUUUUUAGAAAGUGAUUAUUAUUACUAUUUAGUACUGUAACAGCUUCCAGAAAGGUACUGUACUUAAAAUAAUAUUCACUUUUUAUUAUUUGAAAAAUUAUUCAUUAUCCCUUUUUCUUUUUAUCUACAGGAACUUUUAAAAGAAAAGAUUUGGCCCUUAAAAACUACAAAUAAAUUUAAAAGUAAAAAAAAAGAAAAUAUUUGUUUCAUUUGUCUGAAAAAUGUAUGUUUAUUUGUCUGAAAAAUGUAUGUUUAUUUGUCUGAAAAAUGUAUGUUUAUUUGUCUGAAAAAUGUGUUUUACUAAUUGAUGCAGUUAAAUCUUAAAUUUGAUUGUCAUGUAAACCUAGGUUAUGUAAAUUUUUAACCAAAAGAGUUAAGAGACUGUUACUAACUUUUAUGUGCAUUCACAUAUGCCUAGGUCUCAUUACAUUAAAUUUCUAAACUAAAAUAUUAACAUUUGGUAAUGAAAUGGUUCCUUGACCUAUGUCAGGAACUAUAAAUGAUUCAGAAAUGGAUGACAAGCCUAGUUUAUACCUUCAUCUAUUUUAAGUUGUAAAGUUAGAGCGAGACCUUAAAAUACCCAGGAACGAUAAUAAAUUAUUGCAGAGUGGAGAAUAGUUUUAAACAGUUUUAUACCGUACUGAUAUACAGAAUAUUAUUAUUUUUAACUUUGGAUAAACUCUCAAACUUAAAUAUCAGUGGUGCUACAGCCCAUGUAGGGCCCUGGUCUGCUCCUCCACAUCCUUCCAUUUGGGACGAUCCAUGGUUUUCUGCCUCCAUGCGUGCACCAUCUGGUGUAAAUCCUUAUCUACAUCUUUGAUUCAUCUCAGCCUUGGGCGACUGGUGAGUCGUCAUGGUUUGUACUGAUUCUCCAGGUAUCAUUUUUCCAUCAGCCGUAUAUUUUUCCGAGGAUUUUCCUCUCCCAUGUAUUGAGAAGAUUCUCUGCUUUUCUGGUAAGGGUCCAAGUCUCACUAGUGUCAGUUGCUACUGGUCUUAAGAUAGUUGAUAGUGGUGUCUUCUUUGUUCCCCUCAAGAGGUUUUUGCUUCCCUGUAGCUUUUACAGGCUGAAAUAGGAAUGGUCGCCUGCUGUUCACUUUCUUUCACCUCCGACAUUAUUUCAUUGUGCUCGUUUAUAGUUGCCCUAUGAUAUUUGAACGUAGCCACUCUCAAAUUUGUGGUUGUUUAUAUUAUAUGUCAUCAGGGUGGGAGUUUCAGGACAUUAUCAUGAUAAAAUGUUGUUCAUUUACAUCAAGUAUCAAGACCAGCUUUGACUGAGGCAUUUUCAAAUUCCCUGAAUGUUUUAAUUAUCUCAUCACUGUUUCUACACAGGAGCGCUUUAUCGUCUGCAUAUGCAAGGUACUGCAAUGGCUGGCUAUAUAACGUUCCUGAUGGUUGUUGUUUAGUAAUACCUCUCUGGAAGUUGCUUGUUAUGGUUCCACUGGUGCUCACGUGUAUGCUUCUAACAACUUUUUCUUGCGUGAUGUUCAUGUAUUAUACAUGCUAGGGAGUCUCCUUGUCUGAGGCCCCAAUAAACUGGGAACUCCCUUGAGUAUUCUCCCUGCACCUUGAUUCUACUUUUGGAGUUAGCCAUCGUCAUAUGUAUGAGCAGAGUACCGGUAAGCUUGUUAGGGAUUCCAAGUUCUUUUAGAGCGUUGUAUAAGUAAUUCCUGUCUACGCUAUUGUAUGCUGUUUUGUAAUCAGCGUAUAGUUGGUGUAUGUCGAUGUUAUAUUUGCAACAUUUCUCCAGGAAACAUCUUACAAGUACUCGUAAUACCGGUGGUAAAAAAAUAUCCGUGGUUGACCUAUUUUGCCGGAAUCCGCAUUGGUAGUCCCCUAGGAUCUGAUCACUAUCCUUUCCCAGUUUUCUUGCUUUAAGUUUUGUGAGGAUGUUUUAUAUUACAUUAAGUUUAAGGAGGGAGAUUCCUCUGUAGUUUGAGCAGACCAACUUAGUUCCUUUCUUGUGAAUUGGGAUUAUAAGUGCAGUGUCCCAUUCUAUUGGCAUUUCUUCCUCCUGCCAGAUUCUGGAUGACAUUGUGGAUUUGCCAAUGCAUUUAUUAGUUAC